AUGCGGUGGUGGGUGGCGGCGGCGGCGGCGCUGACGGUGGCGGCGGGCCCCCCCUCCCCCUCCCGCGCCCCGGCCUCGGGCUCCGCGCCCCCCUCCCGCGCCCGGGCCCCGGCCUCGGCCCCCGCUCCCUGCGCCACCAACCCGCUGUGCGUGUGCCGCGGCGACCACCUCGCCUGCAGCCAUGUGCCCUUCCACCGGUUCCCCGAAACUGAUGAUUCGGUGUGGCACGUGGCGGUGUCGCAGGCGCGGCUGGGCGCGCUGGAGGAGGCGGCCCUGGACGCGCGCCGCCUGCGCACGCUCGUGCUGGUCGCCUGCCGGCUGCACCGCCUCGACGCCGCGGCGCUCGCGUCAAUGGAAAACACACUGGCAUCAUUAGAUUUAGGAUACAAUGAGUUCACGGAAUUGCCCCUAGAAGCUAUAAGAGAGCUGAAAGUCUUAAAUUGGCUUAAUCUUCAAAACAAUUUCAUAAGCGAAAUCGAUCCGAUGUUUAAUUGGGGAUAUUUGACGGAGUCCCUGAGCAGUUUGUCUUUAAGUAAUAAUCAAGUGAGCGUGCUCAAAUCGGGUGCUCUGUCGUCGCUGCGGCACCUGACGCAGUUGGAAUUGGAUGGCAAUCGAGUUCGAAUAUUAGAUCCAACAGCGCUGCCGCCCGCGUUGGUGCUAUUGAGACUUUCCGAUAAUCUAUUGACUCAAUUGCCCUGUCCGCUGAACAAGCUGCCCCGCUUGCGACAUUUACAUCUACGAAAUAAUCUUAUCCGCUCCGCCGUCGAUAGCUUUUGCCAUUUUGAAAACAAUAAAAUCGAUGCCUUAGACUUGAGUCAUAACGAAUUAAGCGAUCCUUUUGAAUUUCAAUUCUUAAGCAAAUACCAACUGAAACAGCUCAACCUAGAUCUCAACGAUUUUACGACAAUACCUUACUUCGAAAACAGUCGAUUAGAGAAGUUAUCUAUAUCUUACAAUCGAUUAAUUGAAGUUGCAGACGCAGCUAUACAAGCACUAAAACGUAACUUAGAAAAGCUCGAUUUGGACCACAAUGAGCUGACUUCGUUGCCGAGCAGCUUCCGCGAGCUUACGCGGCUCAGGUUCUUAUCACUCGCAUAUAAUAUGCUGACGGAGUUGAGUGACCUACCGUCACAUUUACACUCACUAUCAUUGGCUGGCAACUUUUUGACAUCGUUUCCACCAGGGCUGCGCGGGCUGGAACCGGCAACUUUAGUGUUAUUAGACCUGGGUUAUAACCAGUUGACGACAAUUCCACACGAUGCGUUUGGAACGUGGGCGGGAGCAUUGACCACACUCAAUCUCCGUGGAAACCAACUGGCUCAGCUGCCGGCGGAUGUUUUUCCUGCGACGUUGCCGGUACGUGAGCUCGCGCUCAGUUUCAACGACCUUUAUCACGUGGAUAGUAGUGCCUUUGCGAACCUUACGAGGCUACGCGUUCUUGAGCUGUCAUCGACGUUAUUCAACGGAGAGUUUCCACUCGAGGCAGUGUCGCUGGAUUUGAAGUGGUUAACCUUGGACAACAAUAAUAUACAUUAUAUUACAACCAGCGAUUUGGAUAACUUUCCGUCGUUGGAAUAUCUUAAUUUAGACUUUAAUAAAAUAGUUAAAUUUCCUAGUCAAAUCACCAACUUCAGUUUAGCUUAUAAACUCAAAGAAUUGCGACUAUCUUAUAAUUAUAUUACCAACGUCAGUCGAGAAUUUUUAAGAGAACUAAGCGAAUUACAAAGUCUAGAUUUAUCUUACAAUCGCUUGCAUAACAUCAGUGACCGAUGCUUUGAGAAUUUAGGAAACUUAGUUUAUUUAAGCUUGGCCGGAAAUGAUUUGGAAUUGAUAGCCGAGAAAGCUUUUUACGCUUUACCUAAAUUAGAAGUACUGGACUUGCAAGAAAAUCGUCUAGAAGAGUUUUCUUUAGAAUACUUCAGCAAUGUGUCUAGCGAGGAUGCAGCUUUUGCUGUUAACGUUAGUUACAAUCAGCUGACGUCUCUGGUCGGGGGCCUCACAGUUUCCAUAAAUAUUUUGGACUUAUCUCAUAAUUUACUCGAAAGCCUAUCUAUAAGUUUUUUCGAGGCUAUUAAAUCGAGUAUAAGGCAAGUUCUACUUUUUGACAAUAGACUAAUGCAUAUAGACAACCUCGGUUUUUUGCCUAAAUUACAAAUACUAAGCAUUAGCAACAAUAGCAUUAACUCGAUCAAAAGAAGAGCUUUCGCCGAGAUACCAGAAAUGCAAAUACUCGAUUUGUCGCAUAAUAAACUGUCACAGCUGGGCGCGGAGCAGUUUCACAACAAUCGUUGGUUGCGGCACCUACGGUUAGCCUCAAACGAAUUACGCUCAUUGCCGCGCGAUUGCUUCAAGAAUACAGUACUGGAACAUCUCGACCUGGCUGAUAAUCAGUUGGCCCUGUACCCCAGCAGUGCGCUCGCACACGUCGGGUUCACCCUGCGCCAUCUAGACCUGGCACACAAUCGGAUCGAAUACCUAGACGCUGCUAUGUUCCAAGCAACAUCUUUUCUAUACGACCUCAACUUGGCUGGGAACGCUCUCACCGUCUUGUCUGACAAUACAUUUGCAAGUUUAUCUCGGCUUUUCCGGUUAGAUCUUUCACAUAAUACGAUAAAAACGAAUUUCAAAGAGCUUUUCCAUAAUUUACCGAGGCUCCGGCGGCUGGCACUCGCCGGCGCCGGUCUAAAGGUGGUGCCGCAUCUGCCACUGAUGAACCUUACGCAGCUUGAUCUCAGCGAAAAUCUCAUAUCCUCAUACCGAGAAACAGAUGUCAAGUGCCUCAUUAACUUACGGAAUCUCGAUAUAGCAUCGAAUAAAAUUACUUCAUUACAACCAUCUAUGUGGACAGUCUUUCCCAAGCUAACGAAACUCGACGUUUCUUUUAAUCCAUUAGUUCGCAUCACAAGCAGUUCGUUCAAUGGACUCGACCGACUAUCAUAUCUGCGUAUGAUUCACUUAUGGCAAUUAGAAACCAUGGAUCCAAGAUCUUUCCGUUCACUGCCAUCGUUGCGCUCACUGACGUUGGAAUCGCCAGCGGGAGAUGUGCCUAUAGCGGACAUGGCAGAGCAGGUCCAGGGACUGGAGUCUUUAACGUUGUUGAUGCGUUCGAGUGUGCUGGACACACAACUGCAUGGAGUGAGGGUGUCAAAGCUUCGGGUGCUGGAAUUGAAAGGUGCGGCGCUGCAGCGCGUGUCAGCCCGCGCGUUUGUGUCGUUUGGGCGACAGCGCUCUUUCACGCUUCGUAUCCGUGGCACCGGAGUGCGGGCGCUUCCCCCGGGGCUGGUGCAGCAGUUGGUGCGGGUGCCACACCUGGCACUAGAUCUUAGCAACAACCAACUCGCCACGCUCACGCCAGCCACCCUCUACCCGAAUCUUACGGACUGGAAUCGAUUCGCCACCAAGCUGCUUUCAGGUGGGCUGAUGGUGUCGGGGAACCCGCUUCGCUGCGGGUGCGCCGUGUCAUGGGUGGGCGCGUGGCUGCGGCGGUGGACGGGCGAGGUGGGGGGCGGGGCGAGGGACGCGCGCGCGGCCGCGAGGGACGCCGUCUGCCUCUACGGGGACGGGUACGGGUACGGGUCCGGGCCCCGGGCGCCCCGCGCGCGCGCGCUGCUGGCCGUCGACACGGACGCGGCGCGCUGCCACGCCAGCGCCCUCGCCAGCAGCGCGCCCGGCGCCCCGCGCCGCCCUGCCGCCCUCCCUGCCUUCCUUUGGAUCAUCCUGCUAUAUUCGAUCAGUUAG